AAGAAGAAAAGAAAAUAACUUGUGAAUUAAUGUUAUAAACUUAUUUGAGAUUAUCAUUGUUUAUGGUGCAAAUUUUCAAGUUUGUGCUUUUAUCCCCCUUCGUUAACAUGAAUUAAUAAACAAAACUCUAACCCAUAUGAUCAGAAUUGCAAAAUUUUUUUAUGAAGUUCUGAGAAUGAAGGGGCUUGGAGUUGUUACUGUCAUACUUGGACUUGUUCUUGGAUCAAGUACUGUAACAUGUUCAUCUGGAAAUGGGGUCACUGUAUCAUGUAUGAUGUCGUAUGAACGAGGCGGUGCCCCUGCUGUUUUUGAUUCCGAUAAAUGUCUUCACUGGCCUUCUCUUCAAAAUCACACUCCCAAUUGUCAGUUCGCUCAGCUUCAGGGACAUCGCCGCUACCAAGAGGAUCGUGUCUCAUGUGAUCUUCACAUGAAAAUUAUACCGCUUAUAGGCGAAAAUCGGCUGAAGCAAGUAAGGCUUGGAAUCGCUGCAGUACUUGAUGGUCAUGGCGGCGAGGAAGCUAGUGAGAUGGGUUCUAAUCUUUUAACAGAUUAUUUUCACUUGCAUUAUGUCUUCAAGAUGUACAAAUUAAUGGGGCAAUUCAAUGCAACUGAUAGUGAUUCUUUGCAAUUGGAAGUUAUUAAGGAAGCAUUGUUGAGUACUAUUUAUGAUAUUGAUGCAAAAUAUUCUCAGGAGGCCUUGGAGAACAACUUUGUAUCUGGGUCGACAGCGACAGUCAUUGUUCUGUUUGAUGGGAAAAUUUUAGUUGCAAAUGUUGGUGAUUCAAAAGCCAUUCUCUUCUCAGAGAUUCCGUCUAAUCAGGGGCUUGAAGCUUCUCUUUUGGCUGUCGAAUUGACGAAAGAUCAUCGUCCAGAUCGAGCUGAUGAACAAACCAGAAUUGAAGCAAGUGGUGGCUUUGUUACUAUUCAGGGAGUCCCUAGAGUCAAUGGCAUUCUCGCCAUGUCCCGUGCCAUUGGUGAUAUUUAUCUGAAAAGGUACGGUGUUGUAGCUGUGCCAGAGGUAACAGGGUGGCAAAUCAUAAGUGGUAAAGAUAGGUAUUUGGUGGUUGCAUCUGAUGGAAUAUUUGAGAGCCUCACACCAGAUGAUGUUGGUGAUCUCAUUUUGAAAUGGGAUUCCUCCAUUUAUGUCAAACCCUCUUCUUCAACCACACUGCCUCAAUUCAUUGUAAACACAGCAUAUGAUAAAGGCAGUACUGACAACCUUUCUGUCAUUGUAAUUCCACUGUAAUUAAGUUUUCUUUAGAACAAGUAUCAAUUAUUUAUUAACUUUUUCCUCAUUUCA